CGAAGUUAACGUCAGUAGCUUGUAGCCUAGCUAUGAAACCUUAAAACAGCCUAGCCUAGCUUGUGAACACUUAGUGCAGACAGUUAAAUGGCUGUAUAACUAGUUUACUAGAGCUGUUUAACACACUCGGAUCAAAUGGUUUGUGAAACCCUACAGCCAUGGGUGACAUGAAAACCCCAGAUUUUGAUGAUCUCCUGGCGGCUUUUGACAUCCCAGAUGCAACUGGAUUGGAUGCCAAAGAGCCCAUCCAGGGGAGUCAUGAGGAGGCGGAAAGUCAGUUGAAACACACAGGGUUGUGCCUGGAUGACGGCUUACUGACUAACCAAGCUGUCCCACCGGCAGAUAUCCCAGCUGUAAGUGUUAUUGUGAAAAAUACAAGUCGGCAGGAGUUGCUGGAAGAUUUUGGUGAUAGGCUUCACCCAGGACCAACAUUACAAAAUGGAUUUAGGGGACAAGAGACCAAUGUGGAUUCUGCUGAGACAACUAGUGCUGGCUUCUCCAAAUCAUUUGCUUCCGCUUUAAAUGGGAGAACUUCAAGUGAACUUCCUGGAAAGGAACCUAUACCCAAUGAGGCACCAUUGUUUUCUCAGCCACUGUCACAUUUUAGUCCGGUCUCCAGUCCUGAGCAUGAAGACAACCAGUCAAGCAGAGAUGAAAUGCAUCCAAAAGAAGAGAGACUCUGUUUCCCAGAAGCUUCAAUUUUGGACACUUCAGGCCCAGACAAUCCCAAGAAAAUGGACUUCAGCAUGUUUGAUAACUCUUCCAAGAACUCUGAUAUUUACAAGAACAUACAGAGGAUUAAAGGAGCAGAAAAUACUAGAAGGGAGGAGCCUUCUGACAUUUGUGGUAGUAGUGAAGCAGCGAAAAUGCCUGGACUGCACAGUGAAUUACCCCCACAAAUCAGUAACCAGAACUUCACUGAGACCAACUGCAAUUCAGGAGCGACAGUGGAUGUUCCCAUCUCUUAUCCACAUGUCAAGUCUCAGACAUCUAAAUUAUCCUCUUGUCUAGAUGCUCUGGCAGCUCUGAAUGCUAGAAAAGAUCCCAGUGAGCAGACAAAUCACAGAGAAUACCCAGCUGUUAAAAAUGACUGCAUGAAAUCUAGCCCCAAGGUGCCCAUAUCCCCACGAAGUCCCAGAAGUCCACUUGAAGUGGUAAAACGGUUAAGGAAACCUUCUGACAGCCCUGUGAGUAUCUGCAGUGAUAGUAGUGGCAAAGCAUCUCCUGCAGUGGUAUCUGGUUCACCCCCAGCCAUACCCAAGGUCAGAAUUAAGACCAUUAAAACCACAUCUGGGCAGAUAAAACGCACUGUCACCAGUGUGCUCCCCGAUUCAGAAAAUGACGACGCCCAUUCUGCCUACGAAUCCUCUCCAUCGCAGAGUAUGAUUAGUGAAGAUUCGUACUGUAACUUAUCUCCACAUCAGUCUCGAACUCCUGAUAGCAUUGUUGGGUUACAGACUAAAGGUAACACAGCCAAUACACCUCCAGGAAAAGUUUCAAACAGAAAGUCGGAGGAAAGCUCCCGGAGGUCAGGUCUAAAGUGCCCUGCAACAGUAGUCCAUAAUACUAAAGUGAAAAGAUCUGCCUCACAUCAAGUGCAGAAACCAAAGAGAGUAUCACCCACUACAGGCAAUGCAGCUAGCACAAACUUCCUACCAAAAGCAAUGCACUUAGCUAGUCUAAACCUUGUCCCUCACAGCGUUGCUGCUUCAGUAGCUGCACGGUCCACCUCCUAUCAGCAAAGUCAACACACACUCUCCUCCACAGUCUACAGUACUGUCCCAUUAGUGCAUCAGGUCAAAACAGCCAGCCCUUAUCCCCGCACAUCAAAUCCGAACACAGCUGCGGGAACCUUAAACAGACUAUUGACCAGUGCCAACCCUGUGCCUACAUAUGUGCCAAACUUGAACCCCCCUCCUGGGAGCAAUAUCAACCUUCCACCACAUGGAUACUCUUGCCUUGAGUGUGGGGACUCCUUUGGGGUGGAGAAGAGUCUUGCAUUUCAUUACAGCAGGAGGAGUGUUCACAUUGAAGUAGGAUGUACACACUGCGCAAAGACUUUGGUGUUUUUUAACAAGUGUGCCUUGUUGGCUCACGCAAGAGAACACAAGAACAAUGGCACGGUGAUGCAGUGCACACAGCUCAAUUUGAAGCCCAUAGCGGAGGAAAAAAUGUUUGUGCCCCUGAGUACUGAACCAGUCAAUGUGGGCGCUUACUCCUCACCAUUAGGCUUGCCUAAAAGCGAACCUGUCCUGCCUUUAUAUCCGGAAAGUGUCAUCCGCCAUCGACCUCGUUGUUUGGAGUGUAACAAAAAGUUGCCUGACUACAAAGCACUUGCAGGCCAUUACCAGAAGCUGUCAGAAGAUACAGAAGAGCUGAUCUGUAAAGUUUGCUCAAUGUUGCUGCCCAACAAGUGCAGCUUCAGAGCUCACCUACGCAUUCAUGCACAUAAGUCCCCUUAUUGCUGCCCUGAGUGUGGUGCCCUGUGUCGUUCUGCAGACAUCCAAAAGCAUGUCAGGGAAAACUGUCUGCACUAUGCUCGCAAGGCUUGGUACAAAUGUCUUCACUGUGAUAUGGUUUUCCGGACUCUUCAAGGACAAAAGGUUCACAUCGAAGAGAAACACUGUGAAGUCUUGUAUAAGUGCUCCAUUUGUCCAGUUGCAUUCAAGACCUCCGACAGCUGUGAACUGCAUUUGAAAAAUAAACACAGCACUAACAAAAUAACUCCUGAGUUAAUCUUAAAGUGCUCCUGUGAGAAAAUUUUCAAGAAAAAGCAGAUACUGUUUCAGCAUUUCCAUCAGAAUGCCAGCAAGCGUGUUACAUCUGUAUUCAAGUGUCCAGAAUGCAACUCGGUCUUUCCCCAAAAGCAGCUGUUAAUGCAGCACUUCAAGGGUGUGCAUGUAGGAAACAUGACAGAAGACACAGAGAAGAACAAAGAAACAGUGCAGGCUGACUGGUACCAGGAGUCUCACUCUGCCCAAAAACUGAAGCGUCACUACCCUGUUAAACAAACAGGUGGUCCUAGAGAGAAGUCUGAGCAAAACGGCAAAAUCCCAACUCGCGUGAAACCCGCUGGCUGGACAUGUAGCGAGUGUCUCCAGCAGUUCACUGAGCGAGACACCUACGUUUCGCAUGUCAAGACCAAACACGGAAAGUCAGUGAAAAAGUAUCCAUGUCGACAUUGUGAGCAGUCUUUCAACACUGCAAUCAGACUGAGACGACACAUUCGCAAUGACCAUGAUGGGAAAAAGAGGGCUUACACCUGUUGGUAUUGCACGAGCAACAAUACAAUAUUCACGACAAGUGUGAUGUUGAAGAACCACAUCAGUCUUAUGCAUGGAAUAAAAAAUCCGGAUCUUGGCCAGAUGCCGAAAACACCAAUCCUGGUAGGCAUAAAUGCUUUGGACAAGGGGCUUGUAUCAGCAACACCUGAUGCGAGCAAGCAGAUGGAGGGUCAGGAUCCUGCUGGUAAUCUCGAGGUUCCUUCAGCUAAGCGUCUGAAAAUGCAGUUCCGCUGUUCAAAGUGUGGCUUCAUCACAGACAGCAAUGCAGAGUUCCAGCAGCAUAUACCUCAGCAUAAAACUGAUGAAAACACUCCUCAGUGCCUUCACUGUGGCCUGUGUUUCACAUCUGCGAUGUCUCUCAGUAGACAUCUUUUCAUUGUACACAAAGUUAAAGAUCCAGAGAAGGAAGAAGUGGAAGAUGUUCAUGAGAUGGAGCAUGAUAAUCUGCCAGUUGGAUCAGCAGAACCUGAUGAGGAAAACUAUUUGUUUGAAGAUCGAAGCAAAUCUGAUCCCUCACAGGCCGGAGAGCCAGAAAGUCCUCACUGUUCCAAGAGCACAGACUGUAACUUAAAUCUGAGCACUCACUCUCAGACAAAAGCAGUCUCUCUUCAGCAGUGAGAGCCACCUCAGCUCCGCUUUAAAGCUGCUUUAAUAUCCUUGGUUUUCAUGUGAAAGUCAUAAGGGGUGCUUAAUGUUUUUAGGCAGGUGGUACAAAGAUAACCUAUUAAGAGGCAGUGCAGUAUAUUCUACCAGAUCCAUAUAUUUAAUACAGAACAAUAUUUUCAUAUUCUUUUUUAUUAUUAUUUAACCUUGUAUGUUGGUAAUAUAUUAACCUUGCCUUUCAGACAUAACUGCACUCAUACUACAGUUAAAUAGUUCCCUCCCACCCCACACACACAAAAAAAUGUUUCAUCCACCCAGACAGGAGACUCAGGAAUGUCUUUGUUUUAUGGUUUGGUGUUGAUUAUUGUAACAGUGUAAGGGUGGAGUUUCACUUUUUGUAAUCAAUGAUAAUUUAAAUUUUAUUUCAAAUUCUUUAAUACUUCACACUAAGACCUGAGUGAAAUUCAGGCUGCUUUUUUUUUUUUUUUUUUUUUUUAAAGAUUAGUAGAAUUUUAUACUUUUUAACAAAAAAUUGUUCACUAUUCAUUUAAAAGUAGUGCUUUUGCAUUCAUGGAUUGGCCUUUAUUUUUAUUUUUUUUGUUCUGUUAGUUUGGGGUUUUUUUUCUUUCACGUGUUUGGGAGAAACAGAGGUAUUACAUGUGUUCUGCAGCAGUAUUGAAAAUACCUCAAAUUGCCAGAAGUGUAUUUUUCCGGCAAGCGAACAGUCAGUGUUACGUCAAAUCAGGGUACAUUUGUUGUGGAUGAUCCAGAGCAGGUGUGAGAGUGGAAUUCAUCGGCAUAUCAGAGUUAAUGUUUCAUAAAUCAGAACCUGGGAACCUGAAUAAAUACACAGUGACUUAAGAGGAAAAAUAUUUCUUAGAUUAAUGCCUGGAAAAGGGGAUACUUUUUGUUUGUAGGCUCUGAUAUGUGAAGCAACACCUCUUGUUUUGUAUUGACUACGUGACAGUUCCUACCUCCAUGGUAAAUGGCAGUGAUUGUUAAAUGCUGAAAGGCUUUGAGAAGUUGCAGUUAAUCUCAGUGCAAUGUAAAAUAAAUUAAAAAAAAUAGUUUAAAAAUGUAUUAUCCCACAUUAAUAAAUUUUAUAAAUUAUUCUGGGAAUGACAUUAAGUCUUUUUAUGGUCAUAUUGACUUAACUGACAAAUGAACUUUUCUAUGAAAGUGCUGUGAGCUCAUUGAUUCUCUGUAAGCCCUCUGUAUCACCACACUGCAGAUGUUUACCUGCAGUGGCUGAGAGGAAUUACUUGUUCACGAUUUGUCUUUUAUAAUGCUUGCUGAAAGAUAUUUGUACUUUUGAUACUGUGUACAGUGAGGACUUGAUUAGGAAUUUGUGUACUCUACAGUAGCCAAUUAAACCUGGAUUUGCAACAUUUCUUAAGCCAUAACAUCUGUUAAGCAUGCAGUGGCCCACGUGCCUUGCUGUUACAUUAAAGUACUCACAAAUAAA